CCCGGAGUCUUUUAGAACACUUGGCUUGCCUCUGGGCCUGAGAUUGCCAGAUUAAGGGGAAAUUAUCAGCAUAUUUUGGUGUGAUUUCACUCAAAUGGGUGUAAUGUUUUUUCUUGUGUCACAAUGAUUGCUUUGGGAACCUUACUGGGUUGAGUCUUGGAUUCUGUGCAAGUGGAUGGGAAGCCUUUACAUGUGAGGUUUGCCAAGAAAUUGAACAAAAUGAAGGAAAAAGCAAGAGGCUCAAUAUCUGUUGACGGCAUGACUGAACCCAAGCAUGACCGAGAUAGUGACCGGGAGUCCCUCACCGACUGGAUGCUGGUGGACCGUGAUGGAACGCCAGAAGGGGCUGGGGGAGACAGCCCUCAGCACACUGAUGAGGAUGGAGUCACAGGAGCCACAUCUUUAGGAGAUGAGGAACAAGAAGAGAGGGAAUCAGAGGAGGAAGAGGAAGUCCAGGAGGAUGAGGAGGAGGAAGAGGAGGAGGAGGAUGAUGAAGGGCUCUCUGAUGAGCUGAUCUCACUGGGCCAGAGGGUGCAAGAGAUCAAGGGUGAGUCCAUCAAGGCUUCCUCGGGCUCGGACUCCAGUGACAUAGAGACUCUCGAGUGCCCCGGUCCUGAUGAUUUUUACGAGGACCACGCCCUGGCCUACGAUUCCAUGCACUCCUCCCUCAUGUCCUGCUCCCUGCGCAGUUUUACCUUUGUGGGCGACUCAGAAACCUCUGUGGAUAGUCUGUGCCAUGAUGGUACCAUGGUGGCCAGUAGAGCCGUCUGGGAAGGUGUCAUCCCAGGUGACGCAGAUGCGGAGAGCCUUGCCAGCACAGAUAUUUCCGUACUGGAUGAGGAGAAGGAAAAAAUUGCUGAUGAAGAGACCGAUCUCUCUCUGGCCUCCUCGCCCUCACUCCCAGAUGAUCUUCCAGCAAUAAAACCUGACACCCAGUACCGCCAUACCCCAGACAGAGACCUCAACUCUCGGCUGAACAUUGUGGUUGCACUCACACUGGCCUGUGUACUUGGGCUUGGCUUAGGACACUUCCUUGGCCUAGUGGAUCUGUCUGUGGAGAGCAUUGACAAAGGUUGGUCCAGCCGCAGUAUGUGGCAAGACACACUAAACUCUGCCCAGGUACGUAAACUGCGAGAACUUCAGGAUGACUUGGUGAGCUGCAUGAACUCACCCUUACAGCCCCCUCCUGCCCCUGCUCCUGGAUUCUCAUUUGACACCCCUCAGCCCCCCCUAAUGGACACAUACCCCCCUGAGGCAGACUUGCAUGAGUCUGCUUACCCGGGUGUAGAUGCGCCCUUUGUGCCAGUCCUGCCUGAGAGUGAGGAGAACCUGUUGAUUGUGGAGUCUUUUGUAGAGUCUCUGGUGACACCCCUAGAGGACGCUGGGGUGGUGCUCAGUGCUACCAGGAGGAAGGCUGACAUGCCAGCCCUCAGCCAUGGGCCCUCAGAGGGCUUCGGGGUGGCCACUGACCCCACCUUUGCAACCCCAGACCUUAUGCGGGAGGAGGACUUUGAGGCCAGCCAAUCCAGAGGUGUGGCAGAAGACAUGAACAUAUACAAGGAGGAUAAGGACAUUACUGCAGGUGUGCAGGAUGAAGAUGCAGAGGUUACUGAGGUCAAAGAUGCAUGCAGCCUAGAGAGAUGCAAUCCUUUGAUCCAAGAGGAGGGUGUACAAGAAACGAGCAAGAGCCCUGGCCUUCCUUCUCUGGACCUAUCUGGGCAGGAUGACAUUGCUGAAGACCCAUGUGAUGAGGAUUUAGCUGCUUCAGUAGAGAUAGAAAACUUGCAGCUCAUUGAGAAGAUGAACCAAGAGAAUGGGAAUCUAGAGUUGGAAAUCUCACGGCUUCAAGAGGAAAACGUCACACCUUUCAAGAUCACAGGCAAGGAUGGGAAACAUGCGAGAGACCUACGAGAGCGCAUAAAUCGGCUCAUAGUAGAGAAUGAGGAGUUGCGCAUGGCCAUAGGGAAGCUGCAAUUCUCAGGCCUUCCUGAUGGGGACACAGGUGCCUUCAACACUGCUCUUGACAAGAACUACAACCUUCGCGUAGCAGUUGGAAAGCUUACACAUCUUGUCUCUGACCUGAAUGCACUGAGGAUUUCAGCCAAUGAGCUGCAGGCGGAGAAUCAUGAACUCACCAUCCAAGUUGGGAAUCUGCGAUACCAGCAGCAACCAAUGCCAAGGGAGCUCAAUGCAGUUGCCAGGGAAGUGGAAAAUCUGAAGAAGACUGUCCUUGAGGCUUCCCACAAGAAGAAGGAUGUACCAAACUUGAGCAGUGCCAGAAAUUAUGUAUCUUAUAUGACUCAGGUUUUGGGUGCCAUCCACACACUGCAUGAGUUUGAAGAAGCUGGUGUAUUUGAGAAGAUAGACAUGGCAUCAGAUGUCUUUGUGGACAUCGCACCAAAGAAUGUUAAAAUCUCCACUCCUGUACAGCAGAAGCUGGACACCGCUCGAGGCAAGUUCUCUGAGAUCAGGAUAUCUCUGUCCGAGAAGUGGAAUAAGCUCAAGACCCUGAGCUCCCCUGAGAACUUCGCCAACCUGGGCAAGAACACGCUGUCCAAGAUGAAUCGUGUGAUUGUAAAUGUGGUGAACAAGUUGAAGGACAUCGGCCAAAACGUGUUUAUAAAGCGUGGAAAGACCCCGGUCGACAAGACCAUCAGCACCAUGGCGGAGCGCCUCUCGGUCCUUGACUCGCAGUUCGACAAGACCUGGAAUGAUUUGGAGGCUGAGGUGGAAGGUGGAGCUGAUGAGGGUGUGAGUGUAGAUGAAGAGCCAGGAGCGCCGCAGGAGGACCUGGUUGUGAUGGGAGACAGCGAGGAAACGGCAGAGCCUGAGACUGAGGAUGAGGGAGUAAACAUGGAAACAGGAGACGAGGAGGAAGAGGAGCAGCAGGAAGUGGCUGUGGAAGAGCAGCAGGAGGAUGUUCUCCCGUCUCCCUUGCCGCAGGAUGGAGGCGAGAGGGAUGGUGGUGAUGGGGGUGAUGAGAAGAAGCAGCCCGAGGAGAAGAGGGGAAGAGAGAAGAGAAACAAAGUGCAAGAGAAAGAAGAAAAGAAAAGUCAAGAGAGGAAGCGUCACCGAUCGAGGCGAACCAGACUCAGCGAGAAGGAAGAGAAGAAAGAGAAGCGCGAAGCUGAGAAGAAGGAGAACGAAGCACAGAAGGAGCAGCAACGGCAACAGAAAGACGGUGACCGCACGAAGGCCAAGGGCCGGAGGGACGGCGACCGGGAACACAACGACGGACACUACCAUGGGGAUGGGAGGGACAGGACCCUGCAAGACCACCAUGACAACCACAGAUACUACAAGGGCCAGUAUAAUAAGUACGACAAGAAAUAUAGGGAUGAUGAUGACGAUGAUGACGAUGACGACGAUGAUGAUGAUGAUGACGACGACGACGACGACGACGAUGAUUACAGACACAAAAGGAGGCAUUACAGGAAGAAAAGAUAUGACGACGAUGAUGAUGAUGAUGACGACGACGAAGACGAUGAUGACAGAUACAAGAGGAGACGAGGAGGCAAGCACGAUGAUGAUGAUGAUGAUGACAGGAAGAGGAAAGGGCUGAUGAGACACUGGCAGAAGCCGGCCAAGAAGAACUACCGCAGGGAAGUCACAGGGCCAAAGAAAGACUUUAUUCGACGACGGGGUAAGAACCACACUAAGCAGCACAACCUGGAGUGGUUGGAUAAACGGGCGCAGGGGCGUGCGAGCAGGCGGAGAGAGGGUCAGAAGGCCGACUGGCUGUUCGAACGCGCGCGGGACCGAAACACAUUGCGUGAAAAAGAGCUUAAGUCUGAAUGGCAGUUUGAGAGAGCCCGUGGCCGGAGGGAGGUCCGAGGCGAGGCCCACGCGGAAGAGGCGGCUCGGGCCCGAGGGCGCGGUCAUGGGGGGCGCGAGCGGUAUGAGAAGCACUUCAACUAUAGGCGAUAUGUUAGGUUUGAUGACGAUGACGAUGACGACGACGACGAGGAGAGGUACCAGUACCACUUCCACGAGGCGAGACGGGGGAGGGAGCGUGGCGGGCAGCGCGAGCACUACCGGCGGGGGAAGGGGCAGCGGGAGUGGAUCAUUCCCAACUUCCACGCCGCAGGGAAGCACUACUAAGCAUGCUCGUUACCCUCAUAGAGUAGUAGUGUUCCCUUCAUGUGUAUUAGUCCGGAAAUUAUAGUAAUAAAGAUAUUGGUCAAUGAAAAAGGAAAAGAUUAGAGGUAGUGGGAGUUCUUGCUACUAAUGGGUUCUUCUGAGGCCAGGCCUUUGUACCAUUAGUCGAGCCCGACUCUUGGCCUCCCCCCCCCCCUUCACUCAUAUCCGCUAUUUUGCUCUCCUUUUUCUCUUCUUUUGGAAAUAAGGUUAUUCACAAUAUUUAAGAAAAAUAUUUAGUUAUCUCAGUAUUGUUCUAGGAUCUAUUAUUUUGUCUGGUUACACGGAUUGAUUUACUUUUGAUUAAUGGAGUUAAGUUCAGCCUUUGACUGACUCCCUCCCUCAAUACUUCCCUUGAAAGUCAUUGUUAUUGUCUGUAGUGUAUCCAUUUUAGACAUAUUAUCAAUGUCUCUAUAAUUUUUACAUCUUUUUUUUCAAAAUUGGAAUCGUGAAAUGAAGCCUACUUCUUAUGAAUGAAGAAUACAACUUUUGUACAUUUUUUGCCAUGAAAAUGUCGAGGGAGAUGCUAUUUCUAUUUUUGAUAAAUUCAUUUUCAAGUGGGUUUUCAAUUACUUAAAUUUUAAGGCUUCUGAAAUUCAAUGGGUGGAAGCUGCAUUUUUGACAGUUUUUAUGCAAAUACCAGUGACCUGACAUUUUUUCUUCAGCUCUUCACAGUUUUUUCUCAAAGUCUUUUCUCAUCACCUUUUUGUGUCCCUCUUUUUACAAUGUUCUUUUUUCUUUCUCUUCUCUAAACUUCCUUAUUUCCAUUCCAGAUGACUAAGCCUCGAUGCUCUUUCAUUGUUAGUUGUACACUAUUGGAAGGAACAAAAUUCCCCAGAUGAAAGGUGCGUUACACUUGGCAGUGUGUAGAUAACCCCGUCUGAUCUGGGCUCUUAGACAAAAAAAUAAAAACAUUUCGUUAUCAUGCGUAAUAACAGUAAUAGUAAGGACGAUCCUUGAGAAAUUUGAAAUUUGUAUAUUAACGUCUAGAAGGAUUGUUUUAGUAUUGCUCUCCAGAACUAGAUUAUAGAGCGGAAGGGUUUCCAAGUGCAAAAGCCAUGGCUAGUAUUUUGGCCCAUAGUUCACAGUAUGUAGUGGGUAGAGUAGUAGCCAAUCUGUGCUGAGUGUAUUUUUUGAAGACUAUUUUACAAUGGAGUUUAUUCUUUACAGCAUGAGACUAGACAGGAAAUUAGCUCAGUAUAGUGCUGAAUGCCUUCACUGCGCAUCAACUGGUAAUCCUGCCUGUAUAUUUCAGCCACUGCACAAAGUAGCACUACAGCAGAUGUCCUCGCAUAUAUAGUUUCCUUUGUAUUUCUAUCAUUCUAGCUUUUUUAAAAAUCGUUACUUGGAUUGUCGAAAUAAAUAUUUUUUGUUUAAUAUAACUGACCGAGCUCCGGAGCGGCUCGCGAGUGUAAUCUAACACGCAUGGUUUUGUGUUCCUCCCUUGGUUCUUAUCUCACAUGUUAUACGACUUCCUAAACGUUUGUCCUUUCUUUCUCCUCGAAAAGCGUCUCUUGUCAGCCUUGCAGCUCACCGGGUGUGAUUUUUUUAUUUAGGUGUUGUGUCCUAAACCUUGAUAGUUCCUUCAAGGUACAGUGAACGCUCUGUUAAAUUUCAGGAUAAAUUUAAACUUUAUGCUUUAAUGUCAUAUGUGAUAGCCAUUUAUAUAUAUUAAGAAAAAAAUAAAGUUUGUAAAAUACUUCAUUUAAAAGCGGUUGAUGGUGUCCAUAUUUUGGGUUGUUAAGAUGUAAGAAAAAACAUAUAUAUUCAAAGUUGUUUUUUCUUUUAAGCUUGAACUCACUAUUAUUGGAAAAUUAUUGGAUAUUAUAUAUCAUUGAAAAUUCAUGUCUUUGAUUUGAUGUAAUUUAUGAAAAAUGCAAAUGCUGAUGUUAUAAAUGUUUGACUACCAGAUGCCUUACUUUUAAUCUUUCUUGUGAUUAAAAACCGUCACUUGUUUCCCAUUUAUCUCGUGUGCUAGUCUUUUGUCAUCCGUGAAACCGUGAAACUUAUAUUAUUGGAUAUGUCAAUAAACCCUACCCAGA